UUCUUCUGUUAUUCGUUGUUUUCUUUUUCUUACCCCCUUUUUUUCGAACUAGGGAUUCGACCGUUUGAUGUCUUCUGCAUUUUGGGUUGCAAAAUAGUUAUCUUGUGUGUUCCUGUUGCUUACUGAGUAGAAGGCAAGUCCCCUGUUUUAUGAUCGAAAGAGAUAAAGAUCAAAGAGGGUUGAAGAUCAAGCUAUUGGGUUGCUUCUCAAAGGAAAAAAAACAGUUCUUGCGUCCCUAAAGGUUGAUCUUUGAAGCUACUUACUAGACUUUCUUUUCCCAUUAUUCCUGUUUCAGUCACAGAACAACGGUGGAAGGGUCAUUCUCUUUGGAUGUUGAGGAAGAAAAGCCAUUUUAGGUACUGUAAUCUAUAGGUUGCUACCCAGAUAGAGAUCAUGGUGGAAGAGGGAGGGGGAGAGGUUUUGGUAGACACCCGUCCAGCUGAAGAGUGGUUAUCGCGUGCCCAAGAACUUGUGCCUAUAGCGCUUCAGAAAGCAAGGGAAACUAAAGGGUUCCCAGGUCGAUGGAAGAUGAUGAUUUCCAAACUUGAGCAGAUUCCUUCUCGUUUAUCAGACUUGUCAAGUCAUCCUUGCUUCUCAAAGAAUGCUCUCUGCAAAGAGCAAUUACAGGCUGUGUGCAAGACACUGGGUGAAGCAAUUGAAUUGGCAGAGUUGUGCGUGGAAGAGAAAUAUGGGGGAAAGCUUCGGAUGCAGAGUGAUCUUGAUGCAUUGUCUGGCAAGUUGGAUUUAAAUUUACGGGAUUGUGAUCUGCUGAUCAAGACUGGAGUGCUUGGGGAGGCCACCUUGCCUUUGGCUGUGGCCCGUUCAUCCGCAGAACCAGAGGCUUCCACGAAUUCAAAUAUACGAGAAUUGCUGGCCCGGCUUCAAAUUGGGCACCUUGAGGCAAAGCACAAGGCACUGGACAGUCUUGUUGAAGUCAUGAAGGAAGAUGAGAAGACUCUGUUGGCUGUGCUGGGCCGGAGAAAUAUCUCAGCUUUAGUCCUAUUGCUCACGGCAACUUCGCCUAGAAUUCGGGAGAAAACAGUCACAGUCAUCUGCUCACUUGCAGAGUCAGGGAGUUGUGAAAAUAUGCUUGUUUCUGAAGGUGUGCUUCCUCCUAUGAUCAGGUUGGUUGAAUCUGGAAGCGCAGUGGGAAAAGAGAAGGCCAUAAUUUCGCUCCAGAGGUUGUCAAUGUCUGCAGAAACAGCUCGGUCCAUUGUUGGGCAUGGUGGAGUUUGUCCUUUAAUUGAGAUCUGUCGCACAGGGGAGUCGGUUUCACAGUCUGCUGCUGCUGGUACCCUGAAGAAUUUGUCGGCUGUGCCAGAGGUGAGACAAAUUCUAGCUGAAGAGGGUAUUGUCAAGGUCAUGAUCAAUCUCCUUGAUUGUGGGAUAUUGUUGGGUGCUAAAGAGUAUGCUGCCGAGUGCUUGCAGAAUCUCACUGCUAGCAAUGACAUUCUUAGAAGGUCUGUUAUCUCAGAAGGUGGAGUUCGGAGUUUGUUGGUUUACCUUGAUGGUCCAUUGCCCCAAGAAUCUGCAGUGGGUGCAUUGCGGAAUCUGGUGGGUUCAGUUUCCAUGGAAGUCCUUCUUUCGCUUGGUCUUCUUCCUCGAUUGGUUCAUGUGCUUAAAGGUGGAUCCAUUGGUGCACAGCAAGCAGCUGCAUCUGCCAUUUGUAAGGUUUGCGGCUCAACACAAAUGAAGAGAUUGGUUGGUGAAGCUGGGUGUAUUCCUUUGCUUAUCAUUCUGCUUGAGGCUAAAAGAAACAGUGCAAGAGAGGUUGCUGCCCAAGCAAUCUCAAGCUUAAUGACUCUUUUGCAGAACUGCAGAGAAGUCAAAAGGGAUGAGAAGAGUGUUCCAAAUCUGGUCCGGUUGCUUGACCCAAUUCCUCAGAACACAGCUAAGAAGUAUGCUGUUUCCUGUCUCGGAUCUCUCUCCUCGAGCAAAAAAUGCAAGAAAUUGAUGAUCUCAUAUGGGGCUAUUGGGUAUCUCAAGAAGCUGUCUGAGAUGGACAUACCAGGAUCCAAGAAGCUGCUUGAGCGGCUUGAAAGAGGAAAAUUGAAAAGUUUGUUCAGCAGGAAAUAGUGGGGCUAGCAUUAAGUGUCCUCUGUGUAAUGAAGUAUCUUGAUCUCCUACAAUUGUUUAUGUGUAACUUCAUUGUUUCAUUGUCUGUAUGAAACAAUGUGGAUAGUAGAUAUGAACUGGAAUGCUUAUGUUUUGGAUCCUCGCUUGGAAUAACUGGUAAAUGUUUUUUGCAAAUACAUAAUUAUAGGUGAGAUUUUCUUCA